CAGUAGCCAGAGAGUAUAAAUUAAGGAACCUCAUAGAUCUAAUGAAGGAGAGCUUAGUUCAUUUAAUAGUAGAAGGAAUUAAGAGGGUGGUAGCACUAAGAAAGGCUGAAGCCAAAUGGCCAAGAGAUUUUUUACCAGUUAGAGUAAUUAGACAAUAUAUGGAAUGUCCAUCUCUGGAAGUGUAUAUGGAAAUUUGGGCUCGAGAUUUAGCCCUAAAGAGUAUAGAUCAGGAUUUCGAAGUCCAAGACAGAUCAACUGGGGAAAGGCAAGUUUCUUCUGAUAGAAAAAACAGCGCAAUAGUAGCUUUGAAAGGAAGAAUAACAAUAGAGCAAAUUCAGUCAAUUGGCGGUUGGAUGUCAGGAGCAGUACAGCUGUACACAAGAGCUAUUAGUACAGCUGAGAUGGGGGCUUCAAGAUUAAUAGGCUUUAAUUAG